AUGGAGGCCGUCAGCGCAGCCAACGACACACGGGACGAGCUCCGCCUCCUGCCCACGCCUGACGGUGACCCCGGCAACCUCGGUUACCACGACUACGACCCAGAUGCCGGCGCCGUCCCCCCGGCGCUGCCCACGCUGCUGUUCGAGGGAGUGAAUUUUCCCGAGGACCCCAUCAGACUGCUGAGUGUACAGGUGGUGUUGAUCCUGGCCUACAGCACCAUCAUCGUGCUGGGGGUUCUGGGUAACUCUCUGGUCAUCUACGUCAUCUACCGCUUCAAGACGCUCCGCACCGUCACCAACUUCUUCAUCGCCAACCUGGCCGUGGCCGACCUCCUGGUCAACACGCUGUGCCUCCCCUUCACCCUCGUGUACACGCUGCAGGGGGAGUGGAAGUUCGGCAGCACCCUCUGUUUCCUGCUGCCCUACGCCCAGGGGCUCGCCGUGCACGUCUCCACGGUGACGCUCAACGUCAUCGCCCUGGACCGCCACAGGUGCAUUGUGUACCACCUGGAGACCAGGAUGCGCAAGGACGUGUGUUUUGGGGUGAUAGCGUUGACCUGGGUGCUGAGCGCCGUGCUGGCCAGCCCUCUGGCCAUCUUCAGAGAGUACGGCUCCUUCACUCUGGAGCCUGGACACACCAUACAGGUUUGUACGGAGAAGUGGCCCGGUAAAAGCACAGAUGGCACAGUCUACAGCAUCUCCAUGUUGAUCCUGCAGUACUUCCUGCCGCUGUCCAUCAUCUCCUUCGCCUACGCCCGCAUCUGGUCCAAACUGCGCGGCCACGUCAGCCCGGCGGAGAGCAGCGGCAACGGAAGCGCCGGCUCCGAGCGCCACCGCCGGCGGCGCAAGACCACCAAGAUGCUGGUGACCAUGGUGGUGGUGUUUGCCGUCAGCUGGCUGCCCUUCCACGCCUUCCAGCUGGCCACUGACAUUGACAGCACGGUGCUGGACAUGCGCGACUUCCGCCUGCUCUACACCGUCUUCCACGUGGUCGCCAUGUGCUCUACCUUUGCCAAUCCGCUGCUGUACGGCUGGAUGAACCGCAACUACCGCGCCGCCUUCCUCGCCGUCUUCAAGUGUCGCAGGGGAGGGGCGAGGGGCGGGGGCGGCCGGCUGGACAGCAUUCACCCCGUCGGGGGAGGAGGAGGUGGAGAGAGGGCAAAGAAAAUAGUGCUUGAAAACCAGGAUGUGGUGUCCACCCGCCUGAACGCCACCGACGUGUGAGAGCCUGAGGGAGGGGGAAAUGAUGAGGGUGAUGGAGGAGAAGAAGGGGGAGAUGACACGACAAUGACGAAGAGAUGACAGAGGCAGGAAGGAAAAGAAAAUCAUUGUCAGGAAAUCUUUUGUUCCCCAGAAGACAAAAGACGAGAUUCCUCGUGGAGACAGAAACAGAGGGGAGAUAAAGAUGUGAGACAAAAUAGAAACGACAGCGUGAGAAGAACCCGAAAGGGGAUUACAGAGUUUCUGGAAGCCCAAAAAUAGAGAAGGCGUAGAUGAGCAGGGAUUAGAAGAAGAAUGACAGAAGAAGAGAAGCGGAAGACCUGCUGAAUGACUCAAGUUCUCUCCACCAAUGGAAGCGUUGUCGCUUUGAGGAUCUGACACCAUUGUGACGUGACUCCAGCACUUCAAGGAUGUUUUUCCGGGGGGGAUUUGUUCUGGUGAGAUUCAUCUCGGUGACUCCGAAAAGGUGGAAAGGUUUCUUUUGAACGUACGCCUAACUGAAAAGAAAUGGAUUUGGGUUUUGGUCGAUAAAAUUUUCGGGACAUUUAAAGGGAAACUUUCAAAUUAAAAUGAAAGGAAUCUUUUUUUGAAAAGAUUGGUUUCCUCGUCACUGACAAUAAAAACGGCUUCAACAACAACCAUGGACAUUAAUGCAAAUCUUGUCAAAAUAGGGCUUUACUCCAUCUUCAUUUCACUUGUGAAGCAUUUAGCUCGUACAUUUAACCCAGAGUGGCUUACAAGGGGCGCACAAAGACACGUAAGCAGGAUACGGGAUUUGAAUGCGACCUUACAACAAAGGAUUUUAAGGAGCAGCAAUAGGAGCUGAAUGUCCGCACGUUUUCCAGAAGCGUACAAAUUUGAGGGCAGCUGGUGAACGGUGAAAAAAGAUUUUGUCAGGCCAAACUCCAAAAAAACUCAAAAAAUCACGGAUUUGUGACUUUGGACAGAUCUCAGGUGGACGAGGAUGCAUGAUGCAAGCUUUGUGAAAUCUCUGCCGCUGUUACAUAAUGAAAAUGUGUGUUUAAUGUGGAUUAUCCUACAAAGAAAGCCGGGCGUAGGAGUGUAAAACAGAAAAGACAGAGGUGGACAAAUUGAAGCUGUGAGACAUUAUGACUGAGACGGAAGAAGGGGAGAGAGAGAGAGAGAGAAAGUGCUCGACAUACAAAUGACUCGGAUUAAAAGGGAGAUGCUUUGUUUUUCUUUUUUUUUAGUAGAUGAAGUACAGAGAGCAAAGGAAUAAGGGACGAGGCAGGAGGGAAAAAGCGAUGAAAGGAUCAAUCUGAGGAAGGAAAAGAGUGAAAUGUGGGAUAAUGAGGCAAAAAAAAAGGCUGCAUGUCCCUGCAAGAGAGAGAAAUCUCAAAAAGAUCCAACGUACAAGUGGACACAUGAAUGUUUGAAAAAAACCAACACUCAAGGGAUUUAUUGCAUCACCAUGUGGUGGGUUUUGUUCAUUUUGGCAGGUUAGCUUUUUCAGCUGUCUCUCAGGUUCACAGCAGAAGGAAAUGAAAUUGCAGCUGAGAUUUCACACCCUUCACUGAAUUCAAAUCAGCCCGUGUAAGCCAGGCGAGG